AUGGUCGCCACCGUCCGGUUCACGACGACGGCGCUCCUGCGCACCACGGCUCGACCGGCUCCCGCCGCCGCCGCAGCACGCAGGGCCGUCUGCGCCGCCGCGUCGUCGUCGUCUUCUCCCCGCGUCCCAGGCCUCUCCCGAUGCCGGACCCGACACCGACAGGCCGUCGCUGUCUCUGCUGGUCUUGCCGCCGGGACGAGGUGCUCCUCCGCCGGCCGGGAGGGCGCCGUGCCCGGAAGCAGGAUCUGGUCCUUUGACGAGAUCAAGCAGCUGGUCGCGGGGGGGAACUCGUCUGAGAAGAUUGUCAUUGUUGACGUUCGCGAGCCGUUGGAACUGCAGACUACUGGCAAGAUCCCCGGCGCUAUCAAUAUCCCCGUCACGUCGGCAUUGCAAAGCUUCCACGUGUCCGACGCCGACUUCGAGGACAUGCAUGGGUUUGAGAGGCCCUCGCGCGACGCGACGCUCUUGUUCUACUGCAAGGCUGGCGUGAGGGCCAAGUCGGCGGCGGGGCUGGCGAAGCUUGCUGGGUGGGAGAACGUCGGUGAGUAUCCGGGCAGUUGGCUGGACUGGGAGGCGCGCAAGGGCCCGGUUGAGAGAGUCAAGGGUGGUGACGGACUCGGGCACAACAAGUAG